AUGGAUUGUGGAUGGUUCCGCGCGUAUCGCUAUGAACUCCCGCGUCUCCUGCUGCCUCCACUGCGGCUGCGGCGGUCGUCGUCUAGUAGGUCGAGGCGCUCGGUGCUGAUGGCGGCAGGGAGGCUGGAGAUUGCGGCAAAGGGAGAUGUAGAGAGGGAGCGUUUGGUUGAUGGAGCUGUUGAAGAGGUUUAUGGAAAAGAGAUUGAGGAGAUCAGAGAAAAUUUUACAGCGGUGUUUGAAGCAUCGCCGGCGCGGGUUACAAGCGAUUACAACAGAAACGUUUUGCCUAACGAGAACUCAAAAGCAGCAUAA